AUGCUAUGGAUAUUACACUGUACUAGCUUUCUAUUCAAACUGUGCACAACAUGCGAUUGGGACGUCAAAAAUGGUAAAGAAGAUUUUUGCAGUAAAGUCGAUUUGAAUUCCUGGUUUGUGCUUGCAGUGAGAAACCUGUAUUCGGAGAGAAGAUCAUCAUCAUGCGUUCCGCCAUUUCAAAGAGUGAAUGGAGAGUAUAAAAUUGCUCAUGUCUACCGUUUACUCGCAUGCACCAUACAAAAAAACUUCUCUACUACACUGACUGCUAUCAUAUUUUGUAAAGAACGCAACGAAUAUUCAUCUCUUGCUGGAGUCUCACGUGAGUUCAAUCUUAGUGCAUGGACAAUGAUAGCUGUGAUACGUGAUCCACUUGAACGAUUUGUAUCCGGUUUCGCUGAUAAAUGCCUAAGGAGAAAGGAGUGGGAAGGUUAUCCUCAACGCUGUUGCGGAUGCAAAACGAAUUUGACGUGCUUCAUGGAGAAGCUAUACGACAAGAUGAUGCUAGGGACAUUUGAAGAUUAUGUGGGAGACUUUGAUGCAGAACACUUCUUCCCGCAAAGUUGGCGCUGCGAAUUCAACUUUCACUUGAGCCAAUAUCAUAUACUGAAAUUUGACACCUUCAAAGCAGCAGAAUUUAUACGGGACCUUGCAGCAACAUUGAAAAAGCAAAAUGUGCCUGAAUCUUUCAUUGCUUAUAUAGUAGAGGAAUCUGUUCUUUGUGGCCAUUUGAAUCAUACUACCAGGGGCACAGUGGAGCAAGAAGAGACAAGAAGAAGCAUUCUUUCUAGUAGAUACUUAAUGGAUCUUCUUAUCAAAAUGUUUUACUACGACUUUGUUCUGUUUGGUUUCCCGCUUCCGAUCGAAAAUGUCUCCUCCAUAUGUCCGCAACUUUAGAAGCUGUAUAAACUCGGUGCCAUUGAA